AUGGCAUUUUCUGGGCCCAUUGAUACUGUGGCCGAAACCAUUACGGCUCUCGUGGAGGAAUGGCCUCAAGGAAACUGGAUUUCCACACCAGUUCCAUUUUCCGAUUUUGAAGCCGCCAAUCCAGAUCUUUCUCCAGCAGCGGCUGUAUCUGUUGAUUAUCACAUUGAACUCUCAAAAGAUGCCGAUAGCGACAAGAAAAAGUCCGUGGAAGACUUUGAGGCGUCCGUCCAAAGCCAAUCUCGGAUAUUUGUGCUAGUCACGGCCCUCACAAAGAGCGCAGACUCUGUAUUCAACAUGCUUCAAGAAAAGGAAAAGAACGCAGAGCCAACGGAAGCAGUUCUAGAUCGUUUGGCACUUAUUCUUGACCUUGCAAUGUGGAUGACCCAAGAGCAUAUUCGUGUCACUGACUUUCAUCUGCUACUCCAGACGGUGGUUGAUUCUCUAUCGAAGUUUUCCACCGAUACGGUUUCCGUUUUCUGGACGUAUAUGGAGAGCCGGGAAUCUGCUUUUCUUGCCCAUGUAUUUGACCGCAAAAUAACACUGCAUCGUGUCGCCAUGUUGGCCAUUUGCAAUGGGCUUACAGACCAAUACUAUAAGCGACGUAAAACGGGAAAGUUGGAUUCGUACGAAAAGGACACUUUCAACGAUAACCUCCAGUCUCGUGUUCGCACAUUUUUAUCGUCGCUUCUUGCAUUUGAUGACCUGACCGGUUUGAACAAGUAUUUCACCAUAGCCAAUCGUGCUAAUAGAGAGCCUCAUCUUGGUUCUGCUAAGUCGGGAGACGAAGAAUUGCUCCAAGAAGUAUUGCUGUUCUUUCGUCUUUUGAGGGACCCGUACUCACAUCUCAAAAACCCCCGCAUGCUUUCCAAGCUGGUGGACUCUAUGAUUCGACUUUCCAAUUAUCUCUUGGAAGAGGAGACAAAACACCACAGAAAGCAUCCUUCUCCGGACAUUUACGCUGUUCCAGCGCCUAUUCUGGAAAACGAAAAACAGACGUUGGCCAAAAAGUACGAGUCUGCUGUAUUUUUCCCUGAGCAUUAUUGGUUAGCUCCGUUUGAGCCCAUUCAAAGAGGUGCACAGUUUGAUGCAGUGAAAGAAGAAGACAAGAAAGUUGCUAUUGCGCAGUUUGAUUCUUCCAAGUUCCGCCAGCUUGUCCUUCUUCAAAUAUAUAUGGUGAGCUGUUUCUUCCUCGAGUUGCAGAACUCAAAAAAGCGAGCCACGCUCAAAAACAUCAAUGCUCCUGCUUCCACCAAACAUAUACAAGAAGCAUCCACUCCAGAAUCUCUUAUUAAAAGCUUUCUACAGUUGAAGCGGGAUAUCCCUCGCCUGUGUCGUGCGUGGGACACACAGCUAUCUUUCUUGUUCCAGCAAUUGUCCCAGUCAGAAGAGAAUUGGUGGGCUUGGCUUCUAUAUGGAAAAAAGUCGGACGGCACAUCUUUGCUUUCUGAAAACGUUCUCACUGAUGAUGAAAUCAGUACUACGCGUGAAAAGUUUGAGACUGUAGUUCCUUAUAAAACGAAACGUUACUUCAACACCCAUGUCACCCCUCAACUUUCAAGGAGAAUGAAAGUCAAAACAGGACUUGGGCUUCUUCGCACGAAGGCAGAAGUGGACUACGAACUGGAAAUUGAGAAGAUCGAUAAGGAGUUGCUUAGUGCCGAUUUAGAAUCAAAGCCGGAAUUAAUCGAGAAGCGAACGGUUUUGAUUUGGAAAAAGUUGAAAUAUAACCGGAACAAGCAAUGGUUGAGCUUCGGAGAAGUGAGCGCAGAACUAGUCGAAAAUAACGAUUUGACACGCUCUUUAGAAAAAGAAAAGUUGAAGGAGGAACAACAAAGGAAAAGUGAUGUAAAGAAGGAAGAUCUGCACGAAGAAAAGUUAGAAAAGGAGACAGAUGAGGUGAAAUCUGAGGCUAAUGCAGAAAUUGUAUCUACGAACGAUCUGAAAUCCAUAGAAAGUCCACCAAAACCUGAGCAUGUGAAGAAAGAUGAAGAAGGGGAAGAAGAAAAAGAUGUUAUCCGAACCAACGGAGCCGAAGUGGUAGGCACCAAACAGGAGUCAUCAGACUUAGACAAGAUGGAGGUUGAUGGAAAUUCCGAGCAAGAAGCAGCAGUUGCCUCACCUGAAAACGUGUCUCGUAAAAGAGCUCGGUCUCCUGAACCAGAAACAGAAGUGAAAAAGGCGAAGACAUGA